AUGUUUGAUAUUACGGGCGGACUUGUCACAUUUUUUGCUGUCAUUGCGAUCAGUUAUGCAUUCAGAAGUUACUUUGCCAAACCAAAGCUGCCCUCCGGUGUUCAGUUGCCACCAGGUCCGACUUCACUCCAACUCCUAGGCAGUGCGCUGGCAAGCGAUGCGGAUGCGCCUUGGGUUACUUACCAGGCAUGGGGCAGUCAAUACGGUGACAUGGUUCAUACCCGACUAUUUGGUCAAGAUAAAAUUGUUGUCAACUCGGAGGAAACUGCAAGAGACCUCCUCGAUCAUCGGUCACAGAAUUACUCUGACCGACCGGAGAUCUACAAUACUGCAUUCAUGCGAUACAGUAGCAGAUGGCGGCUUCACCGGAAGAUUUUUCACCAGUCCUUUCGACAAGACAUGAUACCCAACUUUCGGCUUAUGCAAGUGACAAAAGCCCACGAACUUCUAUUGAACCUCAUGGAGGAUCCUUUGCACUACGCAACACACCUUGACGUGUAUUCAGCUUCGGUUAUCGUAUCUGCUGUGUACUCGUAUAAUGCAGCACGCCGUGAUGACCAUAUGAUUGAGCGUAUGAUGAAGGGCUUGGAUGUCAUGAGGGAGAUGACACCGGUGACGGCUGUAUUUUUCAAUGCUUUCCCAUCCUGUAGGCCUUGUCAUCCAUUCCAUCCAGCAGUGCUCUGCCUCCCGUCUUGGCUGCCCGGAAUGCAUAUCAAGAGAGUAGCACCUUUAGCCAAGAAAUUAGUGUUAGACUUCUUGGAAACUCCAUUUGCCCAUACGGAAACGGCCAGUGUGUUGAUGAACUUCAUCCUUGCCAUGAUUCUGUACCCACAUGUACAAGAGAGAGCGCAUGAUCUUAUCGAGAGCGUGGUUGGCACGAGUAGACUUCCAACGUUCCAGGAUCGUUCAUCCUUGCCAUACGUCGACGCCAUUUUGCGCGAGUGCAUGCGGUGGCACCCAGUGUUCCCUUUCGGGAUCAUGCAUGCUGCUGUCGAAAGCGACGUUUACAAAGGUACUACGAUCAUCCCGAAUGUUUGGGCGAUGUGCCACAACGAAGAAAAAUAUCGAAACGCAUCUGAAUUCAAUCCUGACCGUUUCCUGAACCCGGACGGUACUCUGACAGACGAUACCGUGAGUAUCGUGUGGGGAUUUGGACGACGGGUUUGCCCUGGUCGUCAUCUUGCUGAAGCUUCCUUAUGGUCUUCAAUGGCCUGCUUGCUUGCGAUUUUCAAAUUUUCGAAGGCCAAAGAUGAAACUGGUGCAGAGAUUGAGCUCAAUCCACAAUGGCCUGUAAGACUCACUGUGCGACCCCUGCCAUUCCCUUGCAGUAUCACUCCGCGGAAUGCAGAAAUGGAUAUCGCGGCCUUGCAGUAUUUGAUUAGAGCCUCUGUGUAG